GGGGCUCGAGGAGAGCGCGAACCUGAGGAGGAAGAAGCUGGACCAGCGCGCAGGCCCAGAACCGCCCGAGCCGCGGCUGCGGCUACGCCCCAGAACGGAAGAGGGAAGUGAAUCCAGAGCCGUGCAGUGGGUUUCUGCCGGGCUGGGCUUGCUGAGCUAGAGGCAGCAGCGAGAGGAGGCCUUGGCCACGGGUCCGGCUUCGGGAUGUCGAAGAACACGGUGUCGUCUGCCCGCUUCCGGAAGGUGGACGUGGAUGAGUACGACGAGAACAAGUUCGUGGACGAGGAGGACGGGGGCGACGGGCAGGCCGGGCCCGACGAGGGCGAGGUGGACUCCUGCCUGCGGCACACCAUCACAGGAAACAUGAUAGCUGCUCUCCAGGCAGCUCUGAAAAAUCCCCCUAUCAACACCAAGAGUCAGGCGGUGAAGGAUCGGGCAGGCAGCAUUGUCUUGAAGGUGCUCAUCUCUUUUAAAGCUAAUGAUAUCGAAAAGGCUGUUCAAUCUCUGGACAAGAAUGGUGUGGAUCUCCUAAUGAAGUAUAUUUAUAAGGGCUUUGAGAGCCCAUCUGACAAUAGCAGUGCUAUGUUACUACAGUGGCAUGAAAAGGCACUCGCUGCUGGAGGAGUAGGGUCCAUUGUUCGUGUCCUGACUGCAAGGAAAACGGUGUAGUCCAGCAGGAACUGGAUCCACCGCAGGAGUGGGAGUUGCUGGUACAAAGACCAAAACAACCAAAUGCCACGGCUGCCCUGUGGGUAGCAUCUGUUUUUCUCAGCUUUGCCUUCUUGCUUCCUUUUUCAUAUCUACAAAGAAGAAAAUUACAUGCCAGUUUUCCUUUCAUGAAAAUUGGGAUAAUGUGGAGGAAAUUUGGUUUCAGCAGGAUUGUUUCAUCCUCUCGUAACCAUUUCAAUGAUGUUUAUACCAGUCUGUGUAGAGUAUCAUUUACAUUCAGAUUUAAUUGUGCAAUCUUAAACCCCUAUCAGCUGGUUACUGUGUUGUUGGUUUGUUUCCCCCCCCCCCUCCGACUAAUAUGAGGGAUCUGAUCAGAAUUUGAGGCCAGUUUCCUAACUCAUUGCUAGUCAGAAAGUGAUCUUUAUUAAAAAAAAAUAUAUAUAUAUAUAUAUAUAUUAUAUAUAUAUAUAUAUAUAUUUGAGAAGCUGGCAGCUAUUAACAUUGCAAAACUGGACCAUACUCCCUUAUUUAAGCAAAAUGUGUUUCUGGAACAAGUGGUGGGUGAAAACCAUUACUAAUUUCCAAUUUUAUUUCUCCUUGUCUCCAGAUUAUGCUGUGAGUUUUAAGAACGCUACUUCCUUUCAACAUUCAAUUAUCAUGGCCUCUUGAUUUCUUUGUGGUCACCCAGGGUCCUGAACAAGGAGUCUUGUUCUAUACAGGUGUAUCUAUAAAAUAUCAGAGCCUGUUUGGCUUGAUAUUAAAGCUUUGGUGUGUCAAUAAUGUGGCUCCCUUUGGGGAAACUACUCCAAAUCAGAAAGGAUGAGGAAACUAUGAUGUAGUUCAAACUCUGGGCAGUCUCUGAAUGAAAUACUGUUUCUUUAGAAAAACAGUAGCUGCCUUAGACAUUAUGAUGACAAAUAUGAAUAUUUAUUUUACCAUUUAGUAUGCCCUAUAAAUGUCCUCAGUGUUCUUCAGGGUAAUUGGGAUCUCAAAAGAUUUGGUUCAGAUCCAAACAAAUAACAUAUUCUGUGUUCAGCUCAGUGUUUCUUAAAAAAAAAAAAGUCACACAGCAAAAAAUUGUUUACUUUGUUGGACAAACCAAAUCGGUUCUCAAAAAGUGGCCGGUGCUUAUAAAAAGCUAUUAUUUCAGAGUAGCUCCAAAAAAAACCACCUGAAAGCAUAUGACCAAGAGGGAAAUUAGCCUGUGUUUAAUAUUUACAUUGGCUACCAGUUUCAUAAUCACUGACUUAUAUGAAAACUGGUGCAGAAAUUCUAUAAACUCUGCUGUUUUUGAUACCUGCUUUUUGUUUUGUUUUGUAAAAAUUAUAAAACUUCAGAAAAUAAAAUGUCAGUGUUGAAUAAUUUA